AUGGUGAAGAUGGUAGAUGGUGAGCGAAGAGACGAAAGCGUUGCAAUUGCGAUUGAUCGAGACAAAGGAAGUCAGGCUGCAUUGAAAUGGGCUGUUGAUAAUCUUUUGACACCAGGAGAGACUCUAACUCUUAUUCAUGUUAAAGUCAAGCAAACCCUUGCUAAUAAUGGGACUCAACCAAAUAAGUCUGGAGAUGACGUUAAGGAACUGUUUCUUCCAUUCCGAUGUUUCUGCACUAGGAAAGACAUAAAUUGUGAAGAGGUAGUAUUGGAGAACGUUGAUGCUGCAGAAGGAAUCAUAGAGUAUGUACAAGAGAAUGCAAUCGAUAUUCUAGUACUCGGUGCAUCUAAGAUAACUCUUUUAAAGCGGUUAAAAGCGGUAGAUGUUACAAACGCAGUGAUAAAAGGAGCACCCAAUUUCUGUACAGUUUAUGCAAUCUCUAAAGGUAAAAUUUCGUCCGUUAGAUCAGCUACCUCUUCACCUCCUCCACUUUGCACAAUACGUCCACAAUUACCAGCUCGGUCAAGUAAUGCCAACAACAACAACUUCAGUCCUAGAGCUCAGAGAAGGCUUCAAUCAGUGCAAAGUAUACAAGACGAGAUCGAGAUCAAGUCUCCAUAUUUGAGAAAAGAAUAUGAUCAAGGGACAUACCAGGCCUUAGUGUCGGACUCAGACUUAUCCUUUGUGAGUAGUGAUAGGCCAAGCAUGGAUUGGUUUGAAGACAAUCGAUCCAACUAUGCUACAUCCUCAAGCUCAUCUGAAAAACAGUCCAUAGAUUUGUGUUCUUCUUAUUCUGCAUUCUCCACAAGCUCCCAAGAAAGUGGGAGACUCUCAUCAUUGUCAAUGUAUAGCCAGGAUGAUGUAGAAUCUGAGAUGAGAAGGCUAAAACUAGAACUUAAGUAUACAAUGGACAUGUAUAAUAGUGCAUGCAAAGAAGCAAUCGCAGCUAAGAAGACGACUAUUGAGUUACACAAAUGGAAAGAAGAAAGGAAACAUAAACUAGAAGAAGCAAUACUUGCCAAAGAAGCAGCAAUGGCAAUAGCAGAGAAUGAGAAGGCAAAGAGUAGAGCAGCCAUGGAAGCAUUAGAAGCCGCUCAUAGAAUGGCUGAAACCGAAGCUCAAAAAAGAAAGCAAAUCGAAACGGCGGCUCUACGAGAAGUAGAGCAUGAAAAUAAAGCAAUGCAUGCUUUACCUCAUAGUAAUAGAAUGUAUAGGAAAUACACAAUUGAGGAGAUUGAACAAGGAACAACAAAAUUCUCAGAUAGUCAUAAGAUUGGAGAAGGCAGUUAUGGAACAGUUUACAAGGGUACUCUAGAUUACACACCAGUGGCGAUAAAAGUUGUGAGACCGGAUGCAACACAAGGAAGAUCACAGUUCCAGCAAGAAGUGGAAGUCUUGACAUGUAUAAGACAUCCUAAUAUGGUUCUGCUCCUUGGAGCCUGUGCGGAAUACGGAUGUUUAGUCUACGAAUACAUGUCCAAUGGUAGCUUAGACGAUUGUCUCCUUAGACGAGGAAACUCUCCAGUGCUUUCUUGGCAGCUAAGAUUCCGCAUUGCAGCUGAAAUCGCCACUAGCCUUAAUUUCCUUCACCAGCUAAAGCCAGAGCCACUAGUGCACCGCGACUUGAAACCAGCUAACAUAUUACUUGACCAGCACAUGGUCAGCAAGAUUUCUGAUGUUGGGUUGGCUAGGCUUGUCCCUCCCACAAUUGAUGACAUCGCAACGCAUUAUAGAAUGACAUCCACUGCUGGAACAUUGUGUUACAUUGAUCCAGAAUACCAGCAAACUGGUAUGCUUGGAACCAAAUCAGACAUAUACUCAUUUGGGAUUGUGCUCUUGCAAAUACUUACAGCAAAGACACCAAUGGGUUUGACAAAUCAAGUUGAGAAAGCAAUUGAGGAAGGAAAUUUUGCCAAGAUACUUGACCCUCUUGUUACUGAUUGGCCAAUUGAAGAGGCUUUAAUAUUAGCAAAAAUCGGUUUACAAUGCGCAGAGUUAAGACGGAAAGAUAGACCUGACUUGGGAACGGUUGUGUUGCCUGGGCUGAAAAGGCUCAUGAAUUUAGCAGAAGAAAACAUGUCUAUCACGCGUCCUUCGUCGUAA